AUGCGCUUCUCCUUCCCGACACUCAUCCGCACGCUCUACGCCUUCAGCAACGCCACAUCGCGCACCAGCCCGCGCACCUUCAGCGCCCUCAGCAGACCCACAGUCCUGCGGUCCAUGCCCACAAUCCCCUUCAUCGGCUCUCUGUUCAGCAGCUCGUCCACCAGGAACAUGUCCUACCCGAUGCAAAAGUCGGACGACGAGUGGCAGGCGGUGCUCAGCAAGGAGCAAUUCCGCGUCCUCCGCAAACAAGGCACCGAAGCGCCCUACGUCGGAAAAUACGACAAGCACAUGCCCUCCUCCGGCGUCUACACCUGCGCCGGCUGCGACACGCCCCUCUACCGCGCGACCCACAAGUUCAAGUCCGGCUGCGGCUGGCCGGCCUUCUUUGACGCGCUGCCGGGCGCCGUGACGAGGCAUACGGACCGCACGUUUGGCAUGGAGAGGACGGAGAUUGUGUGCUCGAACUGCGGAGGGCAUCUGGGACAUGUGUUCAAGGGCGAGGGAUACCCGACGCCGACGGAUGAGCGACAUUGUGUUAAUAGCGUGAGCUUGAACUUUGGGUCGGAGGACAAGGUGGAGUCGAAGGCUUGA